CCAGUGUUAAAUUUGUCAUUAGUCUGACUUUGCCUAUCGUGUUACAAAUAAAAUGAAUACACCUACGCCUUUUCCAGAGGACUACUAUGAUGACAGUUAUGAGAACGAAGCAUGUAACGUUUCUGGCUCCGUAAAAUUCGGUCAGAUCUUCAACCCUGUGUUUUUCUCUCUCGUGGUCAUACUGAGCGUCUUUGGCAACUCUCUGGUCAUCAUGAUCCUGGUCAAAUACGAGAACAUCAAGUCCAUCACCAAUGCUUUUAUUCUCAACCUGGCCAUCUCUGACCUGAUCUUCACCGCUGGUCUACCAUUCUGGGUUUACUACCACAUGAACGGCACCUGGACCCUUGGAGAAGUGGCAUGUAAAUCUGUCAACUUUGUUUUCUAUAUUGGUUUUUACAGCAGUGGUUUUCUCCUGAUCAUUAUGACCAUUCAUCGCUACAUUGCAGUCGUCAGUCCUCUCUCUGAUAUUGUAUCAACUAAAGGCUUGUACUGCAUUUUAGCGCCUAUUUUUAUCUGGCUUGUCAGUAUUGUUGUAGCUGUUCCAUAUUUUAUUUUCACAAAAGUAAAUGAUGAUGGGUUUUGUGGGUAUAUCGCAGAUUCUCCCAUAAGCUUUUGGGGAAUCUACCAACAAAUUGCCCUGUUCAUUUUGACAUCUCUGGUCUUUAUUUUCUGUUAUGUGCAAAUCAUUUGGAGAUUACUGCGCCCAACUGGACAACGUAGAAAAAGCAAAACCCUUAAAGUCAUUUUUACCCUCAUGGUUGUGUUCUUUCUAGGCUGGGCACCAUACAAUGUGGUAAUCUUCCUAAAGUCACGUGCCCCUGUUGGUGAUGAUGUCUGUCAAACAUACAGCACACUUGAAUACGCUUUGAAUAUUUGCAGACUUGGUGCCUUCUCCCACUGCUGCCUCAACCCUGUGUUUUAUGUGUUUGUGGGGGUCAAGUUCAAGAACCAUUUGAUGAGAUUUGUAAAAAUUGUGGGACAUAACAGCUCAAAACAAAACAGGAGCAGUGUCCGCAGUCGUCAGAGCAGAAUGACUAUCACCUCUAUCACCAGCGGAGAAGAGAUGUCACUGUAAACAAAAAACAAAAAAAGAAGAAGAAGAAGAAAAUUGAAAAUAGCUUUAAACUUUUAAAAUACAAAUGUGGUAAAUCAAUGCAGCAUUUUUGAGAAUCAAGAUUGCCUCUAUUGAAAGUGCACUAACGUUCUGGUUGUGGGUCCGUCAACUGUUUGUUUCUAUGGAUAUGUCAUUGCUCUGCUCGGAAUGUUCCACAGUAUGACAUUAAACAGCUUUACCUUACAUUUAUUUAAUGAUAGGUGAUUUUAUAGCUCAAAGAUACUUAGUAAAACAGGAAUUUUGACUGUGAACGGGGUUGCCUCUCCACAAAUCUGACCUGUAACUUGGUCUAGUUUGGUCUCCAUGUCUUACUGUGAAACAUUCCAGAUGAAGCAAUAACAUCUGUGUGGAGAAAAGCAUUAAUGGACCCUCCACCAGAAAAGUUACACAAUGCACCUUUAACUUUUAACGUGACUUUUGAUUAAUUUUGGCUUGAUGUUGAUGAUCUCUACAAUGUGUUUGUUAAUAGACAGUAGUACUAUAUCUGGAUAUAUUGCAACUCUCUACUUAAAGGAUCUGUACCUGCGUUUUAAAAAUAUGAAAAACAGAACUAGUUCAUUUUGGUUUGCAGAGGUCCACUUCUUUUCGCAACUUUCAGAGACCAAAGCAGAGUUUUGCCAUUGGGGUAAAGCAACAAAGCAAUAUAACUAGACUUUUUUUUCUUUUUUUUUUUCACCUUUUGACCAAUAUCUGUACUAGUGCAAGCAGCAUUUACUAAAUACAUGGAAAAAAAAAUCUGGUACAGGCCCUUUAAUGUUAGUUUUAAAAUCCAUUUAAAAUUGGAGUUAUUAGAACAAACACAUCUGAUGUAAUAAUCAGAUUCUUGAGAGAUGUGAUGUAAAACUGUUAUCAUGAUCAAUUUGUUGUAAUAUUGUUUCAUAUAUUGUUCAAUCUGUGUAUCAUUAAAUAAAUUAAAGAAA